GGUUCUUUGUCCUGUUUAUGUGAGCGCCGAUCAUGCACAACAUGCACGCCACCAAUACCCUCGACGGCUCAACCGAUAUAUAACCCGAGGCAUCGUAAGCUCGUCCCCAUCGCUUGAGCACCUCACGCAUCCCUCCACUCAUCGAAGCCACUAUGCCAUCCGACUUCGCCACCAUUCUCAACCCACCCUUGACUGACCUCGAGGCCGUCAAUAUCCUUCUACGCCUGAAGCAUAUGCCUCUCGCUCCUCCGCAAUCCCAGCUCGACGCGCCCGGACAGCUGAGAGCCAUGCAAAUGGCUCGAGCCCAGCCACCGCCGCCAGUGCAUGUGCCCCGUCGGAACGCGAUUUGUGUACCGCGCAUCAACACCCACAAGGACCUCGAGAUCUUCGCCCAGCCGGAUCCCCCCUGCGCCACCCAGCCGAUUCCAAGCGGGGUCGAUUUGCGGGCUCUGACACGGCACUACCGUCUCGGUCCGGACGCUCAAGAACUAAUCUACGUUCGGCCUCCUCAGGAACCGCCCUGCCAGUGCAUUAUCGAAACCGGCGGCCCUUGCGGCCUCAUCCUCGCGGACCACGAGCACCUCCACGCUCCGAGGUUCGGAAGGGGAUGUCCUUGGGAGGGCUGCACCUUCGUCCUCGCCAACGACUGUAUGGACACUCCGCAGUUUUUUAUGGACCUGCAUCUCAAGGCCAUGCACUUCUAUGACGAGCCGCUGUGCCCCCUGUGUUAUUGCAGCCUGUUGGCAGCACCCCCAGAGCGGCGCAUGCUUUCGCUUCUCGAACAUUACCAGUCGGGCUGGUGCACCGGUCUUGCGAAACACGCCAUCACGCACGGUCUUCCCGUUCCCAAGCCCCGCAUGCCACAAGCUUGA